AUGGUGGUGAAAGUCUCGCAGCUGGUCUCUCGCGCCCAGUUUCAGCCGCGCGUAGGGGCUUUGGAAAAGAAGGAGACCCCUGUGAGCACGAUUGAGUCCAGCAGCUCCUCCUCCACGGCAAUCAGCAGCAGCGCCGCAAGUGAGACAGCGGCGUGCGAAGCGGUGCAAAUUUUGGAGGAGUACGUGCACAAGGACAUUCCGACGCACGCCCACUCCGCCUUGCGCGCGGGAGCGGCUGACGCGGGGGAGAUCGUGUUAAAGAAGGUCCUACCGCUGUGUCGUCUAGCCGGUCGAGAAAUGGCGAAAACGGCGAAUCAUUUAGAAAUUGCGCUAAUCAGUCGACACUACAAGGAGAAGCUUCCCCCCGCGCCGACGGCUUUUACGCACGAGGUGGUCUGCAAGCGGGCGGACCACUUUCUCGAGCCGAAAGUGCUGUUGGCCGUGGAUGGGCAGAACGCGCUACACGCAGCCUUGGUCACUGGGCUUUCCCCAGCGGGAAUCAGCCUAGCCGCAGGCAGCGCAUCAGCAGCGGCGACGACGAUUCAGGACGCGCUCUUGGAAUUUCCCGCGUUGUGUAAGCACUCAGUGUCGGACAGAGAAGGGGUUAUCCGCCUCUGGACCACGGAGGAGCGCUUUUUUGCCCGCGAAGACGAGGAGGAGAGUCCACGCAAACGGUCUGCAGGGUCGACAAAUAAGACCUCUACGCAUCAGUCGAUCAAGCAAGCGCUUUUCUACGACAGUAUUCUUGCCGUGGAGCAGAUCUACUCCAGCCUGCACGAGGUGCACCUUGUUUCGUCACUUCUGGUUAGCUUCCUGGGAACGAUGUCGGGGGAAGAUUUCGCGAGGCAUUUUCGAAUUUCGAAGACGCCUCCAGCAGCAGAAGAUCAUGCUCCUGUAGGUGGAGAAAGUGCUGACAACUCGCGAGAAGACAAAAACAAGAAGAAGAUCCAAACAAAAGUUCUGUCGGCGCUCCGAUUUCUCGAGGAGUACAUGCUGGAAAACACAGAGUCACUGUUCCGGGAGAUCCUGCAUUUUUUCAGCAAGGAAGCCUCUUCAGUCAAUGAACAGGACUUCAAUAUUCAUGUCUACGCAACCGAUGUGGAUGAUUACGAUCCGUUGCUGAGAAACGCGCGGCCGCAGCACGUACCCCAGACCCUCGACGACAUGUUUCAGGACAACUUUUUCGAAAAGCCCUGCACCGAUGUGAGUCUGUACACAAAGAUUCCAGAAGACUUUUCAGGUGUGCAUUUGGUUCUCGUGAGGGGAAAGGAAACGAGAGUAUUCAGCUUUUAUCACGAUUGAUAUAAUUUGAGGGCGUGGUUAUUCGCAGAUCAGUGAUUUGAUCGAUCCGUAUCUAUUCAGCACAAUGAUCAUCAACAGAAAGAUUUGUGGUCGGGCGCUGUCGCGACUGCGGGUGUUCUCGUUGACUGAGCGGGAG